AUGCAAGUGGAGUUAUCAGCCAAAUAUCCAUCGAUUCAACAGCUGACAGCUGUGAGCCAUUUUGUUAAUCGAAUUGGGUACUAUGGGAUUCCCGUUGAUUGUGAUGGACUGGUGCAUAAAACUGUUGCUUUAGGAUCAAAUUGCUUACAAGUUGAGAGAAAUCGCCCAUAUUCUAAAUUUUCAGUGAUUAUUGUUACUUACAAUGAGCCACUGCUUAACAAAACUAUCUCUAAUAUCCUGGAGAAUACAAAGCCGGAGUAUCUUUAUGAGGUAAGGUCACUUUCUUUUGGUAACUUCGAGGUUCUCGUUAUUGAUGAUCAUUCGACCAUUCCAGUUUCUUGGGAUCCGUCCGAGUCCCGCGUGCGAAUAGUCCGUAGCGAAGAGCGUUUGGGUCUUAUCAAAGCACGUUUUAUCGGUGGCAACGAGGCUCACGGAGAUUUUCUUGCUUUUAUCGACGCACAUGUCUAUGUCGGACCGAACUGGCUCACCACGCCUCAUCGUCUCCUCCUGGAAGACCCCAAAACCCUUGUAAACUUCGUUAACUUUCGCCUAGACCCCGAUCAAUUCAUUCCCAAGAGGGUAUGGGACGGCAUCGGCAGCUCCGCCUCCAUCACGGCGGAGCUCCGUCAAUUCUGGGGCGGCGGUUCGAAAACCGACGAUUUCUCUCCGAUCACGAUGGGAAUGUUCGCCACGAGCAAACUGUGGUGGAACGAAGGCCGUCUCGACUCCCAGCUGAAAACCUGGGGAGGCGAGAACGUGGAGAUCUCGCUGCGAACGUGGCUGUGUGGCGGGAGAAUCGUGGUGGCGAAAGAUUCGUUUGUGGCGCACGCGUUCCGAGAGAAGUUCCAUUAUAAAGUGAAUGGGCUGGAUGUGCGGAGGAACUAUCUGAGAAUCGCGAAUGUGUGGCUGGAUGAGAAGCAUUUGGCGCUGUUUUAUGAGGCUGGCAAGUAUGAGAUCAUUAAUGGCAGUCCGGGGAUCGACUUCGGAGAUAUUUCAGAGAGGCUGGAGCUGAAGCAAAGGCUGCAAUGCAAACCGUUUUCUUGGUAUGUUGAGAAGUUUGCGGGCCGGGUGUUCUGUCUGCCCAAGAGCAUGCAGCCGGAGAACUAUAAGUGUGGAAAUGUAAUGACUGUGAGUCCGUCGGAUUUGUCGCAUCUUACGCAUAAGCAAAUGUUUUUCAAGAAUGAGACUGCAGCUUGGUGA